AUGGCUUGCUGGCAUCUGGCCCUUCUUCUGACUGGGGCCCUCCUGUCAGGCUUGGCCCAGCCAGAAGCACUGCUGGUCUUCCCAGGCCAAGUGGCCCAAUUCUCCUGCAUACUCAGCCCCCGCCAUGCCAUCAUCGGGGAGUAUGGCGUGUCAUGGUAUCAGCAACGGGCAGGCAGUGCCCCCCGACACCUCCUCUACUACCGCUCAGAGAAGGACUACCACCGGCACCCCGAGAUCCCUGACCGCUUCUCAGCAACUGCGGACGCCGCCCACAAUGCCUGCAUCCUGACCAUCAGCCCUGUACAGCCUGAGGAUGAGGCAGAUUAUUACUGCUCUGUGGCUUACAUAUCCUAG